AUGAUUCUUUCACCUGCCAAGCAGCCUAUAUUUAUUCUUGAUUCAUUACCUAAAGAGAUAAUUUAUACUAUUUUUGACUAUUUUUGGGCUCACGAUAUUCUUUAUUCCUUUCUUGAUAGUAGCGCUUAUAUAAAUAGUAUUAUCUUAACUUAUCAUAAUUAUCAUGUGAAUUUCAAAUCGAUCUUAAAACGUCUCUUCGAUUUGGUUUGUUGUUCUAUUCGAUCGAAUCAAAUUACGUCACUCAUUUUGUCUGAUGAUAAUGAAACUCCAUGUCAAUCAAAAAUCUAUUUCUCACUAUUUCCUAUUGAGGAAUUUAUUAAUCUUCGUGCAAUUAGAUUAUCUGAUAUAGAAAAUGAUACAUUAUCUCAUCUGUGGAUGAUUGAAACAAUUCCUAAACUCAAACGACUAAUAGUAAAUAAAUUUUCCGACCAUGAUUAUAAUCAAGAAAAUUCACUUUGUGCUAUUUCAUUUUUUUAUUUACGUAAUCUUACUUUACCUUAUUGUUCAUACAAUCAAUUGCGUCAAAUUCUUCGCUCGGCUCCUAAGCUUACUUCACUUAAUAUUUCAUUGAUUAUUUCGGAUUGUACUGGUAUCGAUUACUUUGCCGAACAACACCAAGAAGUUCCUCUUAUUAUUAAUAAACUAACUAUAUCCAUUCAUACAUUCACUAGAACUAUUUCACGUCUUCUAUUUGAACGAUUUCUUUCACGUAUGCCUUAUCUUCAACAGCUUGAAUUGAACGUUAUUUCUGGUGGAAGUAGCAAUCUAUUAGAAGGAAAUCAAUGGGAGUUAUUCAUUCAAAAAUAUUUACCACUUCUUUUUGCAUUUAAUUUCAAAUUUAAGAUAAUAAAUAUUGAUCGUAAUAAUUACCACACAGAAAAUAUUCUUACUCAAUUUCGCAGUUCAUUUUGGCUCAAUCGAAAUCCCGCAUGGUAUGUAACUUAUGAUAUCAAUGAUUUUAUUCUCUAUACUAUUCCUCGUUUUGCGCCGCAUACAAUAAAACAUUCUUUAUUAUCAAUUUCGCCUCAUUCAACCACACUUCCUGCCGCACAAUAUUUUACUUAUUAUAAUCAAAUAAAUGAAUUGGAACUUGAUGCGAACGAAAAAUCAUCUUAUCAAUACACAAACGUUCAAAGAUUGAUAUUAUCGAUAACGAAGAUUGAUGAAAAUAUAUUAGAUCUUUCUAAAGUGGAAUUUUUAUGUGUGAAGUCAAUAUCAUGGUCGUUGAAAAAACUUCUGCGAAUCAUUAAAACAUCGAUGAUUCGUCUAUAUCAUUUGAAAAUCGAUUUUAGUUUUUCUCUGCUAGAACUUUCUGAUAGUGAUUCACUAGCACAGAUUCGUAUAUUGGAUUUGUCAGAAUUUAUAUAUUCAUGUAAAAAAGAAGACUAUGAUCUAUCCACUGUUUUCCCGUAUGUAGAACGCUUAACAAUCAGAAUCACUAGUUUGUUACAAAUGUUCUAUUUAAUCGAUCGAUUAAUGCAUUUAUCAAGUGGAUCCUUUCAUAUUACGAACGAUUCAGAUAAUACCAAAGAGUUAUCAACAGAAAGUGAUCUACAUAAAUGGUUUACAGAAAAAACGAAGCGCUUGAGAAAAAACAAUAGUUUUACAUAUCGCUUAGAUUCUCAAUCUGACUUUUGGAUACACUUAUGGAUGAGUAGUGAAAUUGAACGACCGAAAAAAGUAUUAAACAUGAAUGUGCCAAGUGGGCGUUUAAUGGAAUUAAGAAAAAAGAACAAACCGUGUCUAUCUUCACGAUGCUGUUUGUUGUUGUAG